AACGCUCAGAAUCAAUGAUCGCUCUAUUGACGCGGCUGCCUAACAAAUCUCACAUACUGCGCAGUAGCCUUCGCGUAUCAGGGUCAUGGGCUUUUGCCACAAUGGCUCACCGACGCUGGCUACAUUUCAAUCACUUCAUACCCCAAUGAUAUUGUCUUUACAGGGGCGCAUUGCUGGCAGUGUAUUAAGACCCUUGACAAGAACGCGUCGGUUCCCCUAUACUAGUAGGUAUGUUUAGAUACCCGUCUUCGUUUUAAAAACUUCCUGACGGUUCUAUCUAUGAAGGAAAGAGUUUAGCUCCAGCAUGUCACCAACUAUAAAGAAUCGUCUGUGGAAUCCGGCUUUCGGGAUCAGGUUCUCUCCGAAAACUGAUCAUCAGCCACCUUAUCCUUUCCUAGAUAUUACUCGAUUUGUUCAUACCCCUGCCUCUGGGUCUGGAGAUGUUGAAAAUGGAGAUGUCGAAGCUGACGAGUUCAGCGAAGGUGAAGAGUUCGAGCGUGAUGCGGCGGAAUGGUUCGAUCAACAAGAUCGGUUGGUAUUGCCUACCGUUGAAACCAUCUCUAAAGGCACCCAGGUUGCAUCAGACACAGACGGAGAUCUCGUCGAGGCCUCAAAACGGGAGAAGGCCCUGACGGAUUCCGUCACUGCUCCUCUCACAUCCUUAGAUUACACAAUCGACGCCAACCUUUGGGAUACAGCCCGAAAGAGUAAGGCUGGCUCCAGCCAGUCGUUCUGGUCCUACAAAAUGUACCGUCAAGUUCAAGGAAACGGCGAGGAGCAGAAAGUCAAAGUCCACUACUGCACUUCAAAACAUACGAUGGAGCAUGUUUGUGAAAGGUACUUUUCUGACGAGAAAGUCAUUGGCUUCGAUUUGGAGUGGUUUGUUGCGAGAGGUCCUGCCAACUCCAACCCUCGACGAAAUGUUUCGCUCAUCCAGAUCGCUAGCCCAAGUCGUGUGGGCUUGUUCCACGUUGCACUUUUUCCCAAGGACGACUUUGUCGCCCCAACUUUCAAGAGGAUCAUGGAGGACGAAAGCGUAACAAAAGUUGGCGUGGCUAUCAAGGGUGACUGCACAAGAUUGAAGAACAAUCUCGGCAUAAACAGUAAGGGGAUUCUCGAGCUGUCUCACCUCUACAAACUUGUCAAAUACUCGAAGGCUGGAGAGCUAGACCGAAUCAAUAAGGUCAUGGUGUCUUUAGCCGUGCAGACACAGGAGAUGUUAGGUCUUCCUUUGUUCAAAGGAGAUGAUGUGCGGUCCAGUAAUUGGAUGAUGCGUCUGUCAGCAGAUCAAAUUGCAUAUUCCGCAUCAGAUGCGUAUGUUGGUCUCCAGCUGUACUACGUGCUUGAGCAGGAACGCAUGAAGCUUCAGCCUACUCCUCCUCGACCAGCUUUCGUGGAGCAGAAUCUUCCUAUUCGGUUCUUGACCGCUGAUGACGUUGAUGAAAGUGAUGCGACUUCAGAAUCGGGGGAAUCUGAGGUGAUUGCUGAUGUUGAGGUGAGACUUGAAACACCAGAAACCAGGCCUACGCAAUCGGCCGCAACGCCCACGACAAAGGCUACGCCCCCAUCAGAGAACAAUUCCCAUGAUACAAGGGAUCCCCGUAUCCUCGCUGCCGAAAAGCACGCUCAACAAUACCGUAGCACAACGCGCCGCCAGUCGACUCCACCAUUGUCGUCUCUUCGCACUUAUUACAUGUGGUAUGACAACCAAGAUCUUACACCAGAGGCCGUUGCUACGCUCUUACGUACUCCUCCUCUUAAGACAAACACUGUUGUUUCUUAUAUCCUUGAUGCCAUCAUCUCGGAAGGGUUACCUUUUUCCAAGGCGAGGCUUAGAACUGAGGUGUUAGUCCACCUUGCUCCCCAGUCACUAGUGAGUGCCAGGUAUCGAGCAUUGGUGGAUGCAAGUCAAGAGUCUGAAGAAGAACUAUAAAACCGAUUCUAGGAUUCGAGUGCAUGCAUGGGGAGCUACUCGGAACGCAGCUUCGCUGCAAACUGGAUUGGAAACGAAUUGAUGAAGACUGCUUAUUACCUUUUGAUCAGGUUGUAAUUCGUGAUCGUCAGACUUGUUGCCAAUUGCAUCCUUGAAUAUCCCAGCCAUAUCAUCCAAGAACACAAUAAAAAAAAAUCGGUAUAAAGGAACAAUCGGUUGUAGGUCUCUAUUUAUAUUAUACUAUGAUCCUGGUCCAAACAGGUCACGGCCUCUGUUAAUCUGAACCUUCUUAUCCUCACCACCACUCACAAUACCCCAGGAUUGAUCCCAGGCCACACUCAACACCUUGGCUCCAUCACCAGCGACGGGGAGCUUCUUGCCCUUAAGCCACUCUCGGCCUAUGGUGUACACUGGCUCACUUACGCUUCCGCCACCCUCUUCCGAUGUACCCAUCCGCACGCUUCGAAGAUCCCACACACGACAUGUACUGUCGUGAGAGCCAGACACAAGCGAGUGGUCGUUUUCGGGCGAAGGCGCCAAAGAGACAACCAUAUUAACGUGACCGCGGAGUGUCAUGGCUGAGGUAGUAGUGGCUGACUCGCGGGGGUCGAGGAGGGUAAUAUGUCGGGCCGACGAACCAGCAGCGACAAGGGAGGAUCCGGGGAGCGCCGUUGCGCAUAAUAGUGGGUGCAUGGUAGUGAGUCGGCUGACCUCGCGCUGAGUUGUUAAGUCAAUAGUGCGAACAGUAUGAUCUUUCGAUGCCGAAUAGGCGACCGUUGCGUCGUUGGGAUGAAAGACGGCAGCAGUCACAGGCUCAUCAUGGACAGGGAUCAAAGCAAGAGGACCACGCUGUGCAGUGUUGGCGGCACUUGCAAGUUUGGCUCGCUUCGUGCUAUGUGCAGAAGGCAGGCUCUCGGGAUCUGCCUGGGGAGCUGUUCUUUUUGACGACGUCCAAAGACCAACUUUACCGUCAGAUGAUGCUGUGAGAAUACGCUUAGUGGCUCCGUUAAUGUCAAGACUGUUGAUUUCCUUCUCGUGACCCCAGAGUUCCAUGCUGGACUUGAGGGCAGCAGAGAAACCAUCCUCAGACUCGCUAUAGUCCCAGACAAUAACCUUGCGAUCCAGGCCAACUGAAGCCAGCUGCUUCUGUGAGAUCCACUUAACCGCAUUCGCUCGCUGCGUGUGACCACCAGCUCGACCAGCAGGAGACACUGCGAUUGCGUCUCCAGAGGGGUUCCAAACUCUAACGAGGCCGUCGUAGGAAGCACUCGCAACUCGUUCGGGGAUGUUACUACCACCAACCAGAAGGCCUGCUCGUGAAGUGGCAGAUAGGAGGUCUAUACCACCGACCCAGUCGUCAUGCUCAAAGCUCGCUUCGUAAACCGGGGGUAGCAGACUUCGAACAUACUGCAAAGUUAAAGUAGAUUCAGAUGAAAGACCGUUUGUUGCAAGAUACUCUUCGAUAGAAGUUCGGAGAAAUGUGCCAUUGGCGAGAAAGUCGAGAGGGAUGGGAGAGGAGGUGUCGAGCAUAGACUCGGAGUUGAGAAUGCGAGAGAGGCCAUAUCGUUUAAUAUCUAUGAUAAGGAUUAGUCCCUUGGUUGCUCUAAGGUAUUCAAGAACAUCAAUAACUGACCUGCAGGCACGAGCAAUUGUUGCUUAGAGUCUGGGAGUACCA